AGCAAAAUGGCUUCCUCCAGCGCCGUAGAAGAUGAACACCUUACGGACUCUGACUUGACCGAUGAUGAGGAGCGCAGCGUUGAGCCGCGCCAGGAGGAGCUGCGUCCAGAGACUCCGAAGCCGUCCUACAGCGACGAGGAACUGCACCAGCUGGUGGGCUAUAUACAGCGCAUGAGUGUCCUGAGUGGGCUGGAUCACCGGGAUUGGCACGAGGGUACCCUCGACAUCAUUCGUCGCUGGUUGCUGGAGGUGAAUGAACCCCUGCUGACCGUAUAUUAUGAUCAGGAUGUAUUGUCCGCUUGCCUGGGCAUCCCUUCCGUCUGCGUCUCGGAUUCAAGCUACUUUCGGCGGGAGCUGAACGAGAUUUUCAGUGUGGAGUGUUUCCAUGACGAGGUCAAUUUUGGCACCCUGACCAGCGAUGUGGAUGGCUGCAUGAUGGGGUUAUUGGAACGCCUAUACGUUCCCUUUUUUCGGAACUAUCGGGAUUGGAAUGCAACGGUGCGGAAUCGAUUCUGCUCUAGUCUGGAUAGAUUCCUGGCAUUCCUAACGGGAACGCAUCAUCAGAUCUCGGGAGUGGCUGUGUUGUAUGUGCCCUAUGUGAUCAAGGAACUGGGUGCAGGACCCGUGGAGAGGCAGCUGGUGAUGAGUCUGGAGGGUAUUGCCUUGUACUGGACCACUCAGAUUCGUACUUUGCUAGAGGAUCGUACCCUGAUGGUUCCUCAUGAUCUAGCCACUGUGCGGGAUGAGUUUGAGUUCUGGGAAUAUCGAUAUGAAGUUCUUCAGGGAAUCAAUGACCAACUGGCUCAAUCGGAUGUCCAGAAAGUAUUAAAGGUUCUCCAUCAUGCCCAUUCCGUUCACAUGCCCCAAAUGGAUCAGCUAAUCGAACGGGCCAAACAGGAGCUGCUUCAGUCCCUGUCCAACAUUAAGUACCUUCAUCUGCUGAUUGGGCCCUGCUCCAAAAUCGAUUUGGCUCCAAGUCCUGAUGAUUUGCCCAAGCUCUUACCCCGGAUUAUCCACCUGAUACGUUUUAUUUGGUUAAAUUCGGAAUACUACAAUACCCCGGAGCUUAUAGCGGGACUAUUUCGGAAUUUGAGUAAUCAAAUCAUAAGAUUUUGCACCGAACAAACCAAAGUUGAGGAGAUUCUAGCGGGCAAGUCCCGCUUUGGCAUUAAAAUGUGCAACAUGGCCAUCGAUAGCUGUCAGGUUUACAAGGGAAUCUAUGGGGCAAUGUCCAAAGGAUGUGAGCCCGCUUGGGUGUUGGAUGAGGGUAUAAUUUUCAACCAUAUAGAUGCCUUUGUGGAGCGCCUAAAUGAUGUGAUUGACAUUUGUGAAUCGAUGAUUGUGUUUGGCCGUUUGGAUGAAAAUGGGAGCAUACCCCAGCCCGCUUUUGGCGGCACUUGUGGCGAGGAGAUGGAGCAGAUAUCCGAAAAUGUGGAGCAACAGUUUCUCACCACUUUAAAGCAACUGCAGAGUAGCUCUCAAGCAUACAUCUUGAAUGUGCAUCGCUCGGAUUGGUACGAGCAGGUUGCCAGCUUUCGCAGAAGCAUGCAAAAGCUAGAGGAGACUGUCCAGCGUCUGAUCUUCAAUGUUUUCCAACAUGUGUCUAAUGUGGAAGAGACCCUGGAGGCUCUGCAAUCCAUGCUCUUCUACUCCUACCGCCAAAGGGGCACUCUUAGGAAAACCUAUUUGCGACACGUGAGCAAGUUGUGGAGGAUGUUCUCCCAGGAAAUGGAUUCCACAUCGAGAAAACUGCUGGAGGAGCGACGACAAGAGUCGUGGCUACCCAAGUACGCAUCCAGGUCCCUGAACUAUCGCAUUAAUUUGGAACGCUUGACCUGGUUAAGGGAUCGCCUCAAGAGCGCCGAGUGGCUGCCACCGGUUAAGGAGUCCUCUCCAGCUUUGGCCAAAUUCGAUUCACUGCGCCAUGAGUUUGACAAGGCAACGCGACAGGCUUACGAGGAUUGGGUGGCCAAGAGUUGCGGUUGGUCCAGCGAUCUCUUCCAGCGUUUGGAUCGCUACCUGAUAGUGCGAAGUAAGAAACCCAAGGGUUUGCUUGAGUGCAAUAUAGAUAUGUCUGUCCUGGAGCUGUGCGAGCAGGCUCAGCACUUUGAAAAGCUAGGUUUUGCCAUUCCCAAGACCCUGACGAAGCUCUACGAAAGGCACGAUAUAACCAGAUCCCUGUUCAAUCGCGUAAUCCAACUUUGCCUUAGUCACAAUCGCAUUUUGACCGUCUUAACAGAGAGAGAAAGGAAACUAUUCCGACCACUGAUCCAAGCCUGCGAUCGCCAGCUGGCCCCUGGCAUAUUCAAGAUUACCUAUGGCUCUGAUCUCAGCGAGGACUUCUUCGAGGAUGGUAACGAGUUCCUGGAUAAAUUCCAGGAAAUUGUUCACAUUUUUAAGCGGGCCAAUCGAGGGAUGGCCAGGAGCUGUGAGAAGAUCUGUGACACUUGUCUGCUCCACUUUGCCUUUGUUGGGGCCGUUGAUAUAACCGUGUUCCAAAAGCAGUUGUCCAGCAAGCUGAGCUCAUCUGGUGACAUCCUGAGGAGAUACUAUAGCAACAUAGUGGAGCUUCUGUGUGCCUUCAGUAGGCAGUUUCAAUCGGUGGAGGAUGAGAUAUCACAGGAGUGGAUAGCCUAUGUAAAUGAUCUGGAUGACAUGCUGGCCAGUUCUCUAAUGACCAGUGCUCGCGGUUCCUUGACCAAGCUCUACGAAGCUUUACAUUGCGACGAGGAUAUGGCACCAGUUCCCAUAAUAGUCCUCGAAUCGGAUGUUAAGGAUGGCUGCAUCACCUUUACUCCCCACAUGGAUGCCAUCGGGGAGAUGAUGAAUGGAAUCAUUGACAGCAUUCGCAGCAUGUUGGAUCAGUUCCCCCGAUUGGGCUAUAAAUUAAAGCUACCCAAGGAGAAGCAGCGUCAGGGAUUUGCUGCUGUAUUUCGCGAGGAUCAGGAAUGUUCGGAAUUAAUGAGAAGCAUUCAAGCGGAGAUCGUCAGGCAGCGGGCGGAAAUGACUAAGUAUGAGGAGCACUGGAACAAACAUCGUGUUCUUUGGGAGACCACCGAGGAGGGGUUCCGACAGCGUCUGUUGUCAAGUUCCCGCACAGCGGGAGUCUUUGAGGGUGGCAUCGAGCACUAUAGUGCUCUGGCGGAUGAUGUAUCCUUUGAGGAUGCCAUUACGAAUGUAUACUUUGUGCUGGUCAAUCAGAAUGCUCUAAAGAGCACCAUCCUGGAUUGGAUUGAAAAGUGGCAGGCGCUCAAUAUUAAAAUGCUGCUGGAUCAAGCUAGCAAUUGGAUGAGAGCCACCUACAUUUAUAUGAGACGCAAUGAGAGGAAUGUAAUGAAGGUUCCUCGAACUCUUCGGGAGACAGCGGCUGCCAAACAAUUGCUCGAAAAACUCUUUAAGGAAGUUCCUUUAUGGCAAAUCGGCUUUACUCCUAUGCUGGAACUCUUUGUGCUCCUCCACAAAUACAGGGUGCAGCUGACGGAGAAGACUCACCAGCAGGUGAUUGGUUUAGAGUCAUCAUGGCUGCAUUAUCUUCAAAUCUUGGGCGAAGCUGAUGAAAUGCUGGACAAUGAGGCGAGUGAAAUCCAUGUGGAAUUGGCUAAACAUGGGGAAAAUUUCAAGUUGAUAUUGAAAGAGUUUCUUGAAGAUUUUUUCUCUAAAUUACCCAAGAAAUAA